GGACGGUGAUCGAUCACUGUCGGGGUGCAGCAGCCGGCGUUUCCAGUGAAUAACGGCGGAGUGGGCGGGCCACUCCCGAGAGUUCCCGGCGGUGGUCGGGGGACCGCUGCAACGACGGGGGGGCGAGCGGAGAGCAAAGAGGCGAAUGUGGUGGAACACAUCAUCGCACCUGUGUCCACAAUGCGUACGACAAGUGAUGGUGACGGAGGUGCGGAGGGCGGGGUUGACGAUGACAUGUGUGAAGACGUGGAUGAAGUAGAGGAGGAGGAAGAAGAGGAAGAGGAGAUGGAGGACGAAGUUCCCCCGCCAUCAAGCGGCCACAAGAAGACACCUGCGAAGAAAGGGAUUUGGAAGGGGCGGGGUAAAGGGAAGGCAGGCAGCGGAGGGCGAACUAUAUGGAAUCUGGACGAUUCCCUCACUCUUGUCCGUUGUAAGCGGGAUCAAGACGAGGCCUUGGCGGCCGCUGGACACAACUUCGUGCGCAUGAAGAACAAAGAAUGGAAAUGGACGGACGUCGCCAACCGCAUGGGGGCGUUGGGGGUGAAGAGAGAUUGGGACCAGUGCAUGAAACGGUGGGAGAAUAUCUUCUCGUGGUACAAGAAAGUGCAGUUGAGAGAGAAGGAGUCAGUCAAGCAAUCUUUCUUCACUCUCACGCCAAAGCAGCGAAACGAGGAAGGGUAUAAGUUCCAAACGGAUCGUCGUCUGUUCGAGGCGAUCGAUGCGGGUCAGCAUGGCAACCAGACCAUUCACCCACCGAAUCUGGUGGAUACCGGCGUGUCUCAACUGCAAGGAGGGGGAAACGGUGGGGGAGGAGAAACAUCUGCGAGCGAGAAUGGGGAGGCGAGCGGGGGGCAGGGAUCAGGAAGCAGAUCAUCCGGAGGUUUUAAAUUUUCGAAAAAAAAAAAUGCACGCCAACAGGCAUUUGAGGCGGUCACCGAUGUGAUGAGCGCACACUCUACUGUCGUUGUGGAUUCCGUGGACAGGGCAAGCAAGAGACAAUGCGACGUGUUCCAACGGCAGUGUGAUAUAAUGGAGAUGGAGGUGAAAGUGCAGGAGACACAGUGUGAAGUGUUGGACGCAGGGACAGUCAUGUUCUACGAGUUCAAGCAGAGGAGGGGGGAAGGAGAUGGUCGCCACGUGGAAGUUGGCGAUGUCGUAACUCGUGAGGAUUGGCCGCAUUAUGAAGUGGAUGUCGACGGACGGACUUGUCUGAUGUUGGCUGUCCAUCUAGGGUUUGCACGUCGUUUGCUGCGCAAUGUCGUGAUCUUCGUGACGAAGAUCAGUUCCGCAGUGCCCAACCGCUGGACAAGGGGUGUCGAUGUCACAGGGGACAUGGUGCGAAUGCUCGUCUCCGUGCUGGCGAAGGAGUUUGAGGAGCGCCUUCACCACCCGUCCACGUUUCAAGUUGUGGUCGAUGCGCCGCUAGAGCCCAAAGACGAUCUGCACGGGGAUGUUCACAUCCUGCGAGACGAUAUCUUCUGAGCUUUCCUUUGCAGAACGCCUUUUCCGA